AUGUCCACUAAGGUUCUUUUGAUAGGUAUUGGAGGUGUUGGAUCCAUUGCCGCAUACACUCUACAACAAAAUGGAGUUGAAGUCACUGCAGUGGCAAGAUCAUCCUACGACCAGCUACAAAAUGAAGGUUUCACUAUCGAGUCUUGCGAUUAUGGUAAAGUUGAGAACUUUAAGCCUACCCAUGUAUACAAAGACGUUAAGGAAGCCUAUAACGAACAAGGGCCAUUUGAUUACAUUGUCAUUACCACCAAGAACAUUCCUGAUGUCAAUCCCGUGGAAAAGAUGAUUGAAGGCGCCUAUUCAAAGGACACUCCAAUUGUCUUGUUGGAAAACGGUAUUGGCAUCGAGAGGUCCAUGUUCCGUGCAUAUCCCGAUGCAACCGUUAUCUCUGGCGUGACCAUGAUCAGUAGUACCCUUUUCCACGGGAAAAUUGUUAAACAUGUCGGAGUUGAUUCUGUAUCCUUUGGGCCAUUUAUUAACUCAAACCUUGAUCGGGACUUACAAAUUGCCAAAGCUAAAAAGUUUGCCAAGUUGUAUUACAACCAACACAAUGGUGCCAAAUACGAUGAAGAUGUCAAAUUUAUUAGAUGGAAGAAGCUUGUCUACAAUGCAGCAAUCAAUACCACAUGCGCAAUAACCAACGUUGAUUGUGGCCGUUUGGAAUUGUUUGGAGGCAUGGACAAGAUUGUUCGGCCGGCAAUGAAGGAAGUCAUUGCUAUUGCAAAGGCUGACGGUGUUACACUACCUGAAGGAAUCGACGAGGCGAUGAUUCGUUCCGACGAUGGCGAAUACUAUCCUCCGUCCAUGUUGAUCGAUGUCCGCAAGAAUCAGUACACGGAAUACAAGACCAUAUUAGGAACUGCCCUCGAGACUGCACAGGAUUUGGGAGUUGAAGCACCGGUGUUGUCCCUCUUGUGCUCGUUACUUGAGGUUAUCCAAUACAGAACAAUGGAGUCGCAUGGGAGAAUCGUCCUUCCAGAGAAGCGCCCGCUUCCAUCGGACAACUACAAAAUUGAAUUUAAAGAAUAA